CGAGGAGAGGAGACAGAAACAAGACGGGGAAGAAGUGAAGAGAAAUGGAAAUCAUGAAGCAGCAAACAGUCCUCCUGUUCAUCUGUUUAAUCAGGUCAAGCUUCAGUUUACCAAUUGCACUUAUUGCAAGCAACAGCAAUGAGAUCCUCAGGCUGAAUGGAUUGACUCUUGCAGCUCUUGGACAAACUCAGGCCUCUUCCUUGUUCCCUCCGUUCCUUCUGCAACAGCAGACGCCUGAGGUGCUGCUCACCCCACAGGUGGUGAACCUGAACCCCCAAGUGGCAGGUCCUUUUGGCCCUCAGGGGCCACAACUGUUGCUCCCAAACCAGGGCAACCAGCUGACGCCUGUGCUUGUCCCCAACGGUCAGCAAGAGCAGCUUGGUCCUGCACAAGACCCCAACAAUCCCAAUGUUCCUCAGCAGACCCCAAACACUGMGCAGAUGUAUCCACAGUUUCAGUACCCGUCCUUUGGAUAUCCUCAGCUUUACAGGCAACAGGGCUACCCUUACUUUUAUGGCUACCCUCAGCAGAGGAAUACUGUGAUGUUCCCCAACAACGGACAGCAGAAUUUGGAAAGGACAACACAGCGACCACAACUCCCACUGCAGCAAGCCUCAAAGCCGAAGCUACAGACAGAAAAAACAUGGGUAGCAGGAACACAGAAAGAGUCCACCACUGUUCCUCCUGAUCCUCGAGGUGACACGACUGGCCCCAGGCCUGAUGAGGGUAACGGCAACUUUCCCUUCCUGUUUGAGCCUUAGCUGUCAGCUGAGAAGGAAAAGCAUCUGCUGAUGCAAAAAUACCCAGGAGGGUGUUUGCUACAACCUAACUGAAACCCACUGUUUGCUUUCCUAAACGUGUUAAAUAAACAAUUUUGCCAGAAAAAAA